GGCCGGGGCGGGGCGAGCCAGUGACAGGAGAGGCCGGGCAGGGCUGGUACUUCUGGCACCCUGGCCAGCGGGGCGCGCUCCAGAGACUCCAGUCUGUGGCAGCGCGGCCGAUCUCCGGACGGCCCUCGGGUGGCGACCGCUGCCUCGCGUUUCACGCUUGGCCUCCUCCGGCGGCCGUCCCGGAGGCGGGAGUUGGCGACGGGAUGUGCUCGGCCGGGGAGCUGCUUGGUGGCGGCGGCGGUGGCGGCGGCGGCGGCAGCAGCGGUGGGGAGCGCGACGAGGACGGGGACGCGCUGGCGGAGCGGCCGGUGGCGGGGACAGAGCCGGAUUCCGGAGCGAGCCCGCGCCGACGCGGGCAGCGUCCGCUGGAGGAGCGCGAGCAGGAUAUUGAAGAAUCACAAAGUCACACUGGCGAACCUGUUGGAGAUGACUACAAAAAGAUGGGAACACUUUUUGGUGAAUUGAACAAAAGCCUCAUCGAGAUGGGCUUCACAAGGAUGUAUUUUGGAGAACGAAUUGUGGAACCAGUAAUAGUCAUGUUCUUUUGGAUAAUGCUGUGGUUCCUUGGCUUACAAGCCCUUGGACUAGUUGCUGUUGUUUGCCUUGUCAUUAUUUAUGUGCAACAGUAAAAUAUGGCCAAAUAAGCUGUUGUUUCACAUUUGGUAGCCGUAUAUGUAUUGGUGAAGUUAUAUAUUUCACUACAUGAAAGCUGAAAAGUUUGCCUUGUUUCAAAUUAUGUGCUGUUUUGUAAUUAAAUUUAUAAGUGGAAGUUGUUUAAAACUAAACUCAACUCUUGAUUAUCACAGGGUUGAAUAUACAUUUGGUAGCUUAUUCAAAAGUCUUGUUUUAUUACUGUGAUCUGUGCCCACUUUUAAAAACCCCACCUUAUUCCCAUUGUCAAUCUUAACACACCAAAAAGUGAGCAGGGAAAAUAACAGGAUAUGGAAUUCAAACCAGGCAAUACAGAUCUUGUAAAGAAUUCCAGUAAAACAUUUUAGAAGAAAAAGGAUGGAACAAGGAGCUAAAACAAAGUUUUAAUGGGAGAAUUGUCCCCACCCAUACCCACCAAAUAACCCCUUACUAUUUGGGAAAUAAUUUGGAUAUCUCUGUUCCUGCUCAGCCCAAACCAAUAUAAACGUAAUUACUAUACACUACCUUAAUAUUGUGAUGAAAAUCAGUAAAGCUAGGACAUUUUCUAAAGAUUGAAAAGGAUUUAUUUAUUAUGACUGAUUAAAGUUAAAUGUAUCUUUUUUAUCGUGUAACAUUUGGGUCUGGAAUCACUUCAGUAUAUCAUUUGAAAUUUUAGACAAUUUUGGUGCUAAUUACCUUUUGUGAAUUUUUUAAGACUCUUAAGCCAUGUCCAUAGCUGGCUGCACCCCAUGGUAAUGUUAUGUUUUCUUGUAUCUAACAAGUUGUGUAUUUUUUUCCUAGAGAGACAUUUUCCAUGUAUUUUUUUCCAGAAAUUUACAUUUUAUAGUUCUUUUAUAAC